AAAAAGAAAACCCGAGCGCGAGCACGGAAAUCGAACUUACGGUGCCCUGUCGAAGAACAAAAUGGCCAUUUCGUCGUGCUGGUGUCUUCUCUUGCUGGCGGGCGCCCUGGUGGCCGACGUCCGGGGACAGGCCCACUACCGCUACGUCACGUGCGGCUCCCUGGUGAAGCUGCUGAACCGUCGCUGGGACGUGCGGCUGCAUUCGCACGAGGUCCGCUACUCGAGUGGCAGCGGCCAGCAGUCGGUCACGGCCACCGAGAAGCCGGACGACGUCAACAGCCACUGGAUGGUCAAGGGACAGUCGGACACGAGCUGCUCGCGAGGCGAGCCCGUCAAGUGCGGCUCAAUCGUGCGACUCGAGCACAUGAAGACGAGCCGGAACCUGCACAGCCACCACUUCCCGUCGCCGCUGUCCAACAAGCAGGAGAUCAGCGCGCACGGCGAGAACGGUCAGGGCAACUCGGGAGACUUCUGGAGGGUCGUCUGCAAGACGGGCUACUGGGAACGCGACGGCGACGUCAGGCUCAAGCACGCGGACACCGAGGCCUGGCUCUCGGUCUCGGGAAGGUCCUACGGCCAGCAGUUGGGCGGCCAGCUGGAGGUGUGUGGAGAGCUGGCGCCCUACGACGAGUCGUGCGUGUGGAGGACGGCCGAGGGAGUGUUCGUGAAGCCUAGCGAAGGACGCCUUCACAUCGUCAAGCACACGGAACUCUGAACGC